AUGGCCUCCCAACUCCCCCCAGACCUCUUCGACACCACAACCCUCUACUCCCUCGCCGGCACCGUCGCCAUCGCCCUAACCGGCAUCCUCCUCUCCCGCGCCCUCCUCCCCGCCUCCACCACCACCGCCACGCGCUUCCUCUUCAUCUGGCACGCCGCCGACGCCCUCUGCCACAUCAUCCUCGAGGGCAGCUUCCUCUACCACUGCUUCUUCUCGUCCGUCGCUGUCUCCGAGCUCGACGCGGCGGCAACGUACUACCCGACGCCUUAUAAUUUCCUCGGCACUGGUUCCGACCGCGUCUUCGGUCCGCAAGUCGGCGAUGACGCGUUCGCGAAGCUGUGGAUGGUGUAUGCUAGGGCGGAUAAAAGGUGGGCUGGCGUAGAUUUGGGGGUUGUAAGCUUGGAGCUGUUGACGGUGUUUUUGGAUACGGCGUUGGCGAUUGCGGUUUGUUGGGGGCUUGUUAGGAGGAAUCCGAUGGCGAAUGUUUGGAUGAUUGUGCUUGCUACUUGUGAGCUUUAUGGAGGAUUCAUGACGUUCUGCCCCGAGUGGCUGACGGGCAACAUCAACCUCGACACGAGCAACUUCAUGUACAAGUGGGUAUACCUCGUGUUUUUCAACAUGCUCUGGGUCUUUAUCCCCCUGUACGCCAUCUACUACGCCGUGGGUCAGAUUUCUUCUGCCUUCAAGGCCCAGGCUGCCAAGGGCAAGAAGCAAUGA